GAAAAUGGCGCCCAGCUCGAAAUCGGAGCGGAACAGCGGGGCCGGGAGCGGCGGCGGCGGCCCCGGGGGCGCCGGGGGGAAGCGGGCAGCAGGGCGGCGGCGGGAGCACGUCCUCAAGCAGCUGGAGCGGGUCAAGAUCAGUGGGCAGCUCUCCCCUCGCCUCUUCCGGAAGCUGCCGCCCAGGGUCUGCGUCUCCCUCAAGAACAUUGUGGACGAGGACUUUCUCUACGCAGGACACAUCUUCCUGGGCUUUUCCAAGUGCGGCCGUUAUGUUCUUUCAUAUACCAGCAGCAGUGGGGACGAUGACUUCUCCUUCUACAUCUAUCAUCUGUACUGGUGGGAGUUCAACGUCCACAGCAAGCUCAAGCUGGUCCGGCAGGUGCGGCUCUUCCAGGAUGAGGAGAUCUAUAGUGACCUGUACCUUACCGUGUGCGAGUGGCCCAGCGAUGCCUCCAAGGUCAUCGUCUUUGGGUUCAACACCCGCUCAGCCAACGGGAUGCUCAUGAACAUGAUGAUGAUGAGUGACGAGAACCACAGAGACAUCUACAUCAGCACCGUGGCGGUACCACCGCCAGGCCGCUGCGCCGCCUGCCGGGAAGCCAGCCGGGCCCAUCCAGGCGACCCGAGUGCACAGUGCCUGCGGCAUGGCUUCAUACUGCACACGAAGUACCAGGUGGUCUACCCCUUCCCCACCUUCCAGCCCGCCUUCCAGCUCAAGAAGGACCAGGUGGUACUGCUCAACACCAGCUACUCCCUGGUGGCCUGUGCCGUCUCCGUCCACUCAGCAGGCGAGAGCAGCUUCUGCCAAAUUCUGUAUGACCACACCGCCUCCCCUCCAGCCCCCCCCAGCCCCCCUGGGCCCCAGAGCCCUGAGGUGCCCCCUGCCCUCCCCAGCCCCUGCCCUGAAGCAGCUCCCACCCGGCCCCCUGGGGCCCCCGAGCCCUCACCUGCCAUCGCCAAAGCCAAGGAGUUUGUGGCCGACAUCUUCCGCAGGGCCAGAGAGGCCAAGGGGGGGACCUUGGAGGAAGCCCGGCCACCCCCUUGCCCAGGGCCCUCGGGCAGCCGCUGCCGUCUGCCCUCAGAGCCCCUGGCCCCAGGCGGGGAGGUGGUACCCCGAGAUAGCCCCCCAGCGGCAGAAGCACCAGCCCCAGAGCCGGGCUACGUCAACUACACCAAGCUGUAUUAUGUGCUGGGGUCCAGCGAAGGGACAGAACCGGAGGAUGAGUUCGAGGAUGACAAGAUCUCCUUGCCCUUUGUGGUGACUGAUCUCCGUGGCCGCAACCUGCGGCCCAUGCGGGAGCGGGCUGCCGUCCAGGGGCAGUACCUGACGGUGGAGCAGCUCACACUGGACUUUGAAUACGUCAUCAAUGAGGUCAUCCGCCAUGACGCCACCUGGGCCCACCAGUUUUGUUCCUUCAGUGACUAUGACAUUGUCAUCCUGGAGGUCUGCCCGGAAACCAAUCAAGUCCUUAUCAACAUUGGCCUGCUGCUCCUGGCAUUCCCGUCCCCAACUGAGGAGGGCCAGCUCCGACCAAAGACCUAUCACACCAGCCUCAAGGUGGCAUGGGACCUCAACACAGGCAUCUUCGUGACAGUCAGUGUAGGCGACCUCACUGAGGUCAAGGGGCAGACCAGCGGCAGUGUCUGGAGCUCAUACCGCAAGAGCUGCGUGGACAUGGUCAUGAAGUGGCUGGUGCCUGAGAGCAGCGGCCGCUAUGUCAACAGGAUGACCAACGAGGCACUGCACAAAGGGUGCUCGCUGAAGGUUCUGGCAGACAGUGAGCGAUACACGUGGAUUGUGCUGUGAGGGCCCGGCCGCUCUGGACACUGACUCCAACUACCUCCGCGGCCUGGGAGCCGGUUGCCUUCCUGGCAGCCUCUCCCCGGCUGGCUGGCCAACCGACCGAUGACCGACCGACUGACGGACCAGCGCUCGUGUUAGGCUGCGGGGAAGGGGGCUGGGCGGGGCAGCCCCUGGUGGCCUGAGAGUCUGGACGCUUCUUAUUUAUGCCUAUUUAAGUUGGGAAGGGGCAGAGGGAGGGAGCCCCCUGACCCACCAGCCUCAAGCGCCCACCUUCACCCCGCACUGGGCACAGGCCCUUGCUCUCUGCGCAUCUGCCCCUUUCCUUGGCUACAGGUGUGGACGUUGCCCCCCAGGGAGGCCGAAUGGACCCCCCUUCUCCUGCCCCAGCCUCCCCCCUACUUGAGGCGGCAGACCUCGUGGCCAUCCCCUCCCUCUGCCCAUCGUUCCUCUUCAUGUAAUAAAUGUUUUAUUUCUGAACCUCCCUGAAUUCCCUUUACUGCCGCUUGGGGCCCAGUUGGAGUCCCCAGCCCCAAGGCCCCGUGAGUCAGCAGCAGCCACAUACCACAGCGGAAUUUAUUGUGUUUUAAGAAAGACUACAAAAAGGUAGAAAACAGCUCGGCACACUAGACUACCACACGCGUGGACACUUUCACGGCCAGGAGAGGGGGGCCCCGAGGGAGUGGGGCGGGGAAGUCGGGGGGCCACCCCAAAAGCUGUAGCACGCGGAGCACACAAAAUAGUGAUUUUUAUACAAUAGGUCAGAUCUUUUUUUGUCUUUUUUUUUGUUUUUUUGCUUUUUGCCAUAAACAUCUAUCUCACAGGUUGAAGACACUGAGAAAACCGGAACAGAUAAGGCCAUGAUGGUUGGAAAAAAAACCAACAAGUUACCAACUCCGCUCAGGCGGCUCACAAAUCGCACAAUAGUCAUGUGGGGGGCGGGUCGCACUGCACGGAGGAGAAGCACAGUCUCCCGGGAGAGAAGGAGCACAGAGGUUCCAUUACAAACCAGAGGCGGGUGGCCUGGGAUGCUGGGGUCUUGGAUCCGAGGGAGCCGAGCCCCUAGCUGGGGCUGGGCCAGGCGUGGGCAUUUCUGGGCCCCACUGCUGGCAGCAGGCCCCUCUGGGCUCCCACCCCCAGCCCAGCCUGCUGCUCUUUGGAAGCUGGAGGCGGUGCCCCCGGCUGCCCUCCCCCCAACCAGGCCAGACAGUGCCCUCCUGAGGGCUGCGGGGCAAGGGAGGGCCCAGCUCUGGAGAAGAUGCGACACCCACGGCUUUAAUUGCACUUAUACCAAGGAGUGGGGAGCGGUGGGGUUGCUGGGGGGAGGGGUCCCGGGGCUGCCGCUGACAGUGGGGGUCCCCAGGUGAUACCCACCUGUGCCCACCUGGGGCUCAGGGUUGGGCCCGGGACAGACUGUGCAAAGCCAGCGAGCUGAAUAAGUUAACAGUUCCACAGGGGAGGGGGCCUGCCUGCCUGCCCCCUGGGACACAGGAGGGUGGGGCUGGGGGAGGGAGAUGCUGAGGCCUUCGGGCCGAGGAGCCUAGCUGGCUGUCCCACGGGGCACCUGGGCACGGCGGCGGGUUCCUUAAGGCACGUCUUGUGUGUCAGUUUGCAGCUGCGGCUCCGCCUGGCCCUGUGAUUGUGCCGCCCCCACUGGGGGCAGGGACCCCCCAGCCUUCCCUGUCUUGGAGGCCCCCUCCCCGCCCGAGGCUGGAACGGUGACAGCGAAGCCACAGAAGCUGUGAGGGACCCUGGCGUGGAUGGGCGGCGGGGGC